AUGUCUCCCCCAGUCAACACUCGUGAGAAGGAGUCUAACGUGGCUCGCCUGCUGGGCUCUGGUUCCGCUGGUAUCGCUGAGCUGGCCAUCUUCCACCCCGUCGAUACCAUCGCGAAGCGAUUGAUGAGCAACCAGACCAAGAUCUCCAGUAGCGCCCAGUUGAACCAGGUCAUCUUCAAGGACAAGGCUACCGCCCCCGCCAGUCGCAAGUUCAUUUCCCUCUUUCCCGGUCUCGGAUACGCCGCAGGAUACAAGGUGCUCCAGCGCAUCUACAAGUAUGGUGGUCAGCCCGUAGCUCGUGACUUCCUCGCCAAGCAUUACGGGAACGACUUCGAGUCGGCCUUUGGCAAGAAGACGGGCAAGGCUAUCAUGCACUCGACGGCUGGCAGUCUGGUCGGUAUCGGCGAGAUUGUCCUCCUCCCCCUCGACGUCCUCAAGAUCAAGCGCCAGACAAACCCCGAGGCCUUCAAGGGUCGUGGUGUCCUCAAGAUCAUUGGCGACGAGGGCUUCAGCCUCUACCGUGGCUGGGGAUGGACUGCUGCCCGUAACGCUCCUGGAUCUUUUGCUCUCUUCGGCGGUUCUGCUUUCGCCAAGGAAUACCUCUUCCACCUCGAGGAUUACAACAAGGCCUCGUGGCUGCAGAACUUCGUCGCCUCCAUCGCCGGUGCCUCGGCUUCGCUCGUCGUCUCGGCUCCUCUCGAUGUGAUCAAGACCCGUAUCCAGAACCGCAACUUUGAGAAUCCCGAGAGCGGUUUCCGUAUCCUGAGGAACAUGGCCAAGAACGAGGGUUUUGGUAGCUUCUUCAAGGGACUUGUCCCCAAGCUCCUCAUGACUGGUCCUAAGCUGGUCUUCUCGUUCUGGCUCGCCCAGACGCUCAUUCCCGCAUUUGACACGGCUCUCCGCAAGUAA